UGGGAGGGUUCCGGAGAGCGCGCGCAGAGACUGUGGCCAUGGAGGAAACCAGCGGCUUCCGGAAGGAGCUGGUGAGCAGACUACUCCAUCUGCACUUCAGGGAUUGCAAGACAAAAGGUUUUGGGCCACCAGUGGGUGGGGACGCACUGCAGCUCAUGGCGGAGUUCCUGAGGAUCUUUGUAGUAGAAGCUGCUGCUCGUGGGGUCUCGCAGGCCCAGGCAGAGGGCCUUGGUGUUGUGGAUGUGGACCAGCUGGAGAAGGUGCUUCCUCAGCUGCUCCUGGACUUUUAGAGCUCCCCUCCUGUGGCCUGCAAAGUCUACAGUGAAUGCGCACCGGCAUCAACACCCAGUUCCUCAGCUCUCCAGCUUCCAGAGGCUGGGAAGAUCCCAGCAGCAGCACCCUUGCUAGCCCUUGCCUCUGGGGGUCCUUGUGAGACAGGUGCCGGAAAGGUGAACCAGCCUGCCUCCAGCCAAGGCCGCCCGCCUCCAGCCUUGCACCGGAGAAAAAGCAGCUGCUGGCAGUGCUGCUUUUUGCCACCCUGCAUCAAAGCUGCUGACCCCCACCCCCAGGGUGCCUCCCUGAGCUGUAAAUUUGUUCUUACAAAGCAACAUCAAUAAAUCAACACCAUCUCUCUGA